ACCGAAUAAUUUAUUUUUUAAUUAAUUGAUCAACUAAUUUAAUUAUGUCAGAAAUCAACCUAACAAACGAAUAUGCAAACACUGCAAUAAAAGCUAUCGAUGAUAAAUCAGAAGAUUUGAGAUCCAUCAGUUUAAAGAUUCAUGAAAACCCGGAAUUAGCUUUUAAAGAAACAUUUGCUCAUAAUUUGUUAGUAGAAUAUCUCAAAGAUCAAGGAUUUAAGGUAACUCCUAGUGCAUACGGCCUUGAAACAGCAUUUGUAGCAGAAUUUACGUCUAAAGGUGGUGAAGGAAGGGUUAUUUCGUUUAAUUCCGAAUAUGAUGCACUUCCAGAAAUUGGCCACGCUUGCGGUCACAAUCUGAUCGCAAUUGGUGGAGUUGCUGCCGCAAUAGCAAUAAAGGCCGUAUUUGAAAAACAUGAAAUUCCCGGAAAAGUAAAAUUAUUUGGUACUCCUGCUGAAGAAAAUGGUGGUGGAAAAAUUAUUUUGAUCAAAGCAGGUGCUUAUAAUGAUGUAGAAAUUUCUUUAAUGAUUCAUCCUAGUCCUUAUGAAGGAAGUUUUUUCAGUCAUUUUGCUAAUGAGUCUUAUAACAUUGAAUAUUUUGGAAGAAACGCACAUGCUGCUGGUAUACCAUGGGAAGGAAUUAACGCAUUAGAUGCAAUGAUUUUGGCAUUUAAUAAUAUUGGAUUAUUAAGACAACAAAUCAAGCCCACAGAAACUAGAAUUCAUGGAAUUAUAAAUAAUGGUGGAAAAGCGCCAAAUGUUAUUCCUGAUUAUACAUCUGCGAGUUUCACUAUUCGUGGGAAAACACUUGAAGUUCUAAAUGCUCUGAAACCACGUGUUUAUGGAUGUUUUGAAGCAGCCGGUGAAGCAACUGGAUGUACGGAGGCAAAUGGGACCAAAGACGUUAAAAUUUUCCGGAAAAGAAGGGUUUUUGAUGUGAAAGCAAACGUUACUUUGGGUGAAAGAUAUGAGGAAUAUCUUAGGAAAUUUGGUAAAGAAAUUAUACCGAAAUCAGAACAAGAUGGAGUAUUCCUAGGUUCAACUGAUCAGGGAAAUGUGACUUAUGUAGUUCCUAGUAUCCAUGCUUUAUAUGAUAUAAAACCUCCUAAAGGAAGUGGAAAUCAUACGAUUGGUUUCACUGAUGCUACUAAAACUGAGUUUGCUCAUAAUGCUACAUUAUUUGCAUCAAAAGGAAUUGCAUUAACUGCUUUAGAUUUUUUAAUUGAUGAUGAAUUUGCUAAAGAAGUUAAAGAUACUUUUGAUGGUGGAUUUCAUUGGGUAGAUUCAAUGUAAUAUUUUUUCAUGUAAUUUAUUUUACUGUAUAAAUAUUAUUCCAUAUUAUAAUUAUUAUUCGUAAAAUUUAAAUUUUUAAUAAAUUGAAUGUUAAAAUAACAUGAAGUAAUAAUAAUUUAU